CUUACCCAUGUGAAUAAGUACUUGAGUUGGGAAGGUACUUAGGAGAAGGCAGUGAGUCUACGCGCAUUCGGCCCAUCUGCUAACCUUUGCCUUCAGGUUCAAGUUGAUGGCGACUGAUCUACCCUCGCAACGGCACCUCCGCCAUUCGCAGACAACGAGGUCAUGGUCGUCUCAACACCCAUCCGCUCACGGACUCUACCAUCCAGCUUCCCCGAGGCUCCCAAACAACUUUAGAAUUCGCCUCCCUCUCAAACCACAUUUCCUUCCUCAACACGACAUGAAUUUUCUGCACGAUCCCUUUCCUGGUGCGUCGUCUUCCCCACAGCCCCUCCAAUGUCCUAGCAGUAGUCUAACAACAGUGAACACCAUCAUGAACGAACACGAGGCAAAUACGCGGUCACGUGCAAAUUGUAAUUUGAUUGUAAACCGUUUCAGUCCCUCAUGGACUCCACCAUGGUACACAGGAACUAGUACUGUUGUCAUCCUUAAACUAUCGACACUCACAAACAUCUCGGUGACAUACGCCAAUACACUCGCUACACUACAUACCACGCUAACAUACACUUCUGUAGCAAGCAAACAAGGUGUCACCGAGCUGGGAAUCAAGGACCGGCGUUAACGAAGGCUACUGCUCGAGCUCGAGGCUGCUCUUGUGCGGAGCGCUUGCCAGUGACUGGAGCGCUGGAACGUUAGUGGUCUUGAAGGU